GACUUGAGGAAAUUGUACGAAAACGAGCGAUCGAGCGAAUGCGUGUGAAUAUGGAGCGUUGUGAAAAUUCUUCAAAUUAAUAAAUAAAUUGUACGAAAAACGCGAACAAUUUUAUAUAUAUUAAUAAUAACGCGCGUAGUGUGUGUAAUAUUUAAAAUUUUGUAAGAAGAAAGCUUUUAUCUAUGCGGUGGUGUCAUAUUAGAAUUUCUUAUAGUGCUGUCAGCUGCAAGGUGUAGCGACACGGUUGAAGAAAAACUCGCUGUUGGUUGCCUAGCGCAUAUACGUGAAGGAAACUCGUCGUCCGUGGUCAUUUUCAAGGAGAAACUGCAAAUCCAGCAAUGUGAAAUUCCAACAUAUAUUCACAAAUAUGUUUUUAUAGUUUUAUAUCUUAAGAAUCGUUGCCAAUUGAUUUGGUUUAAGGGCAUAGUUAGACAAUGGCAGGCGUAGACGUGAGUUAAACAGUUGGAAAAUUCAAUAAGCAAGCGAAAAAAAAUGAAAAUUGGAAGUGCAUCAUUUGCCAUGUUUCGCAAGGGCAAUGUGCGGCAAUGGCAUAUUGCUUGAAGUGUAAUGUGUAGUUGAAACGAAAGUAGUGGAAAGUGUAGAAUUUAAAAAGCUGAAUUGAAAUACAAAAUAAAAGCUUUAAAUAUAUAAUACACAAAAAGUCAAGCAGAAAAUAAAAAAAUACAAAAAAGGCGACAACCAGCGAUUGACGUACGAGAAUUGUUAAAUAGCCGUGCGGUGCGCGUCGGACAACAAAGUGGUGUGCAUAAUAAUGCAAACGGCGGGGUGAAGUGCAAUCCGGUUAGUCGAAAAAAGUUUGUGUAAAUAAAAAAUAUACAAAAUUUCCCAAUAGUAAAUGUGUACAAACGUAAACAUUUUUAUAAAAAAAAGUAAACAAAUUACAAAUUUUAAUUGAUCUACCAAUAAAGAAAUCUAAAAGUGUAUAUGCAGCUCUUCCUAAAUGAAAUUUUUUCUCCUUUAUAUUAACUCAUCUAGAAAUUUUUCUGACAUAAUUAAAGCACCAUCUAAAACAAAUCACAUUGGAAAGCGCCCGCUUUAGCUUUGUUAUUGUGACUAAAGUGUUUUUACUAGCGUGUAUUUAUAUGCACACCUUGCGCUUCCAAUUUUUCUACUGCAACAAUUGCCGCUUUACUUAAAAUCAACAGCUGUUACCUCAUAACUCCUCUAUAAUUUCAACGUUUGUUUGUGUAAAAAAUAUCCGUUGUAAUCAAAGUAAAACGGGUGGGGAAAAAUAAUAAUUCUAUUAGUUUAGUAACAGAAUGCCCAAAUGCGACAUGAAGACUCGCUACAUUCCUGCUACAUUUGCCUGGAUUCUAUUGCUGUCCACGACGUUUCUCUUCUUUUUCUAUCCCUGCCAAUACUAUUUGAAAAGCCAUCUAUGGGUACCGGCAUAUCAGGGUGUCAUCACAUUUUUCGUUUUGGCCAAUUUCUCAUUAGCGACAUUCAUGGACCCCGGUGUCAUACCAAAAGCAUCGCCAGAUGAGGACCGGGAGGAGGAAUUCCGUGCACCGCUUUAUAAAAAUGCCGAAAUCAAUGGCAUCACCGUCAAGAUGAAAUGGUGUGUGACUUGUAAAUUCUAUCGUCCGCCACGCUGUUCACAUUGUUCCGUAUGCAAUCAUUGCAUAGAGACAUUCGAUCAUCAUUGCCCUUGGGUGAACAAUUGCAUUGGACGUCGCAAUUAUCGUUUCUUCUUCUUCUUUUUGGUUUCACUGUCUAUACACAUGCUGAGCAUAUUUUCAUUAUGCUUAUUUUAUAUAUUGAAGAUAACGCCAAACAUCAGGGAAACAUCGCCCAUAGUAGCUAUGGUGUUGAUGGCUAUAGUUAUAAUCCUAGCGAUUCCGAUUUUCGGGCUUACCGGUUUUCAUAUGGUGCUCGUAUCACGUGGGCGCACAACAAACGAACAGGUCACUGGCAAAUUCAAAGGUGGAUAUAAUCCAUUCUCACGUGGCUGUUGGCAUAAUUGCUGUUACACGCAGUGUGGACCACAAUAUCCAAGUCUUCUUAAGCCAGAAAAGUAUGCCGCUCGUCGCUCACACAAGGACGGUCAGGGUAUUAGUGUUAUCACCACCGAACGGCGGACGAAUCAACAGGGCAGCAGUAUGCGGGGCAACAACACACCCGGCAAUGUGCCACGUUCACCACGCGAAACGCUGAAAAACUAUUACGAUAGGGACAAUCGACACACUCAGGUAAAGACUUAUACGGACCAGGGCAAUGGUUAUAAUCAACGGUCGGGCAGCACAACGCUUUAUAGUAAGCUGUCGCCUGGACGUGAAUGUUCAGACACCGAUAUGGAGCCGCAGGCAUCGCAGAGUCAAGAUUGUGAGCCCACACCGCCACUGCAACGACACAAUUCGACAAAUUUCUACUUGCCCCAAGUGGAGGCAGGCGUGAGCAAUAUGAAUAACGGUGGCAUAGCGACCGGUGCGGGCAUGAUGCCCAACGCUGGUGGAGGUGGAGGCGGCGUCGUUGGCGGCGGUGGUGGUGGUGGCGAUUCACCACGUCACAUGCGCAUGUAUCAUCCGCGACACAGUCCACUAGCGCGUCAGCGCGGUUUGGAGCCACAACGCGGCUAUAAUCCCGCCGAUCCAUUGUCGCCCGAUCAUCCCGCUCAUCCGAGCAAUCAGGGCGCACAGCAACAACAACGCAGUGGGACAACUGCAACGCCCACAAUGCAGCAACGAAUAAAACCGUUGGGUGUGGCAACACCACUGGUGAUGGCAAGUCCCGUCAGAAGAUCCAAUCCUGGCACGCCCACCCAACCAAGACGACCCGACUUCAUUGGUCUGAAUACACAGCAGCAACAGCAACAGCAGCCGUCGCAGACCUAUUACGAGUAUACGACCGGCUUACCGCCGCAGCAUCCACAACCGCCAACGAUUCAACAGCAACAGCAAAUGCUUUUGCAACAACAACAACGUGCCAUGAUGCAACAGCAUCAACAACAGCAGCAACAACAACAACAAGUUCCACUAACACAUCACCAGCAACAGGUGUUGGCAUCGCAGACCUACGGCGGCAGCCCACAACGCCGUUUCCUCUCCGAAGGUGAACUGGUACGCCAGGGCGCGAACGAGCUUUCGUAUGCGCGCUCCAACAACACCGUGGACAAUAUACGCGAAUUGGCCGGAAGUCCACAGCGCGGCGUCUACAUGUGGAAGGACACAUCGCCCGGUUUCAGUAGCAGUAGCGGCAGCGCUAGCGGCGCCGGCGGUGGCAUGCCACCCUCUUCCAUGGGCAUCGGCAGCAGUGCUGGCGGCACAAUGGGCAAUAGCAUACAUCACGCACAGUACAUCACAGUCGGCGGCAGCGGGCAGUCGCAUCCAUUGAUCAUGACGCAUUCGCGCAUGCAUCAGCCAGGCGAAUAUAUGCCAGCUACGCAACAACAACAGCAACAGCAAUAUCGCUCUAAUCCAACCAGCCCCACAACCAUGCCAGCCACAUCGUCCUCGACCAACGCGCCAACCUAUAUGAUGCGUUACGGUGUCGGCAAUGCCGUCGCCUCACAGCCAAAUAACUACGUGCACACAUCACAGGCGCUCACGAAUUCGACCGUCGGCGGUUAUCAGCCACAAUUGCGCGGCGGCGUGGCCGUCUUUCCACCCAAUCCCAGUGGGCCGGGUGUGGGCGUCGGUGUAGGCGGCGGCGCCGGCAUCGUCACACAACUGCAAACACAGCCAUCGCCGCAAGUGAAGCGAAAACAAACACCCACGCGCCCCAUGUCAUUUGUGCGCGCACUCGAAAUGACCGAUUCGAUGGAAAUGCAAACGCUCGAGCAGCAGCAGCAGCAGCAACAAGGUCGUGGCGUCGGCAAUAUGCCGGCAUCAGCCGUUGGCGGACCGGGAGCACAGCAUUUGGUGGGCGGCGCACGCACCACCACACCGACACCGGAGCGCGCGAGCGUCUACGAUAUGAAUUACGAGAUUUCCGUAUAACCCGUGGUUGUGCCGGUUGUCGUGCCACCCGCCUCGGUGACCAUCUCGGCAACGGCUGCAGCGUAUGCGCGCAAAAAGGGCGCAAGCGUUGUGGCCAGCGCCGCCGAGCCAUCGGCGUACGCAUCAGUGCCAGUUAUGGCGGCGAAUACGCCCAACAGGCGCAAGUUCUCCACAUUCUUUUAGAAUGAACGUUGGUUGGACGCGACCCUGUCUAGGCUAUAUUGCCAGCCAGCAAGCUAAUAUUUAGUAAUAAUAUAGCACAUUAUAGUUAUUUUCUUUACGUUUUUCGUUUUACCAAAACCCGAACCGAUUUUAAUACCGAGUCAUUUAUACAUAUGUAUUAUAUAUUUCUCUACACAUAAACACACACACAUACACACUUAUAUAUACACUGCUACCAAACGCAACUAUACGCAAACACAGUUCCGUAUCGCCAAAUGUAAAUAUGUAUACAACCUAAGAUACACCUCCUAUGAUUACUACCUAUGAUGUAUAGAUUAGGGUGUACAUUAUUUUCCAAGUGUUUUUUGUUUUUUUUUUGGCGAACGCUUGCUGAAGUUUCAGUUUUGCCUCUAAAAAGGGUUGGCAUGUAAACAAGCUCUUUAUUUUACAUUUUUACAUUUAAAACGUGGCUAUUUCUUUUCUUAUGUAUACAGCAUGCGAUUUUUUGAUAUUUUGCAUUAAUCAACUACAUCUUCAACUUUGAAAAAGUGAUAUUCUAAUACAAAAUUGUCCGCUGUACAAAAAAGUUCCUUAUGAUUUUUUCCAUAAAAUCACUCGUUUAAAAGUUACAGGCAAUUAAAGUUAUGCAUCAAAUGUACUGAGAUAUGAAUGCUCUAUUUAGGUAUACUUUCUGCGUUGCUCAUACGACAUGGUGUACUACAUGCAUGUUGUAUAUUUGAUACUAAACUUUAAUUGUGUAUAACUUUUAAAGGAAUAUUUUAGGAAAAUAUUAUUAAAACAUUUAUUAUAGCGUAUAUCAGCGUAAUAGAGGGAGAGUGGAAAGAAAAGAGAGAGAGAGUUUUGUUUUGGAGUUUUGCAAAAGCACUAAUAGUCUGAUGCAAAAUGUAUAGAAUAAGAGAAAAGAUUUGUGGACGAUUUAAAUUGAUAAUAAAGAGCUUCUUUAUAUUGAAUUCUUCUUUUGAGCACCAAAACUGUAACUUUAGCGGGCGUUGGCAAAAAAUGUAAGUCAACUUGUGGAAAUAAAGGGCACCCUAAUAUACAUACAUACAUAUACUUUAUGAUAAUAGUUGUAAAAACCUAAAAAUAUGCGUGUGUGCACACGUGAAUGUUUAUUUACACACGUCACAUUUAUAAGUUCAGCCAUUGCAAAGGAAUUUGUGAAAUAAAUUUUCUCUCAAUGUUUAAUUGUCAAAGUUUUAAAUAUGUAUGAAUUGUUAAACCGCUUUUAAAAAUAUUUAUUGAAAACCACACAUAACCAUAACAUUAAAUAUGAUUUAAUUAAUUGUUGUAAUUACAAAGUGCUGAGACCUAAUGUAAUGUUGUUGCUGCGACAAUAACAAAAGCAAUGCCAAACAGUUGUGCGCAUGAGAUUAUACGGCUUUGCUGUGGUGGCCGCUGAAAAGUGCUGUGUGGUUUAAAAAUUUUAAAUUUAACUGGUUUUUAAAGUUCAUAAAAAAGUCAAUGUUCAAAAUUUUUAUUUUUUGAAAAUUUUUAACUUUUGCAUUUUUUAUAAAAUUAAACCUAUUUUCUGAAAGUUUUAAAAAAUAAAAAUUUAUAAAAUCGAUGUUCUUAGAUUUUUUCAAAUAUUUAAAAUUUUCCAUUUUUUUACAUUCAAAAUUAACGUUUUUUUUUUUUGAAAAUUUAGAAUCAUAAUUAAAUUUAAAAUUACAAUUUACCUUUUUUUUAAUUUGAACAUAAUUUGAAAAAUAAAACUUGAAAAACUUAAAAUUCACAAGUUUUCCAAAAUUUUUUUAUAAUUUUGGAAUCAUAAUUUUUAAUUUUAACAGCACACACUCAUGCAAACACCACAUCAAAUAUGUAUAAUCUCACAUUGAACACUGUUUGGUAAAAACCUGUGUUUUGUUGCAAAGUGUAAUUUAUCAAUUUUUUUCAUUAUAAAAUGUAAAUUACCGCAUGUUGUUUGCUUAGCAUACAUAUAUUGACAACAACAACACAUUAGCUGUAACGAAAACAAAAGUACCCUUAGUCCAUCCCAGUGAGGGUAAACGCCAUUUUGCGAUGGUCUGAUUGCCUUCCACAUAGUUAUUUGCCGGCCAUUUAGUAUACAGUCCACCAUAGCGACAGUAGUACGGUUGAGAAGCCCUAAUAAGUAUAUAUUUGAGUACGAGCAAGUGCGCAUAAAAAAAAAAACAAAAAAAAUAUAAAUUAAAACUGGAAAACAUAAAAAACCAGCGCGGCGCCACGAGAGUUUUGAGUAAAUUUUAGAAAAGUUUGCAUUCACCUUAGUUACAUCAUAUUGAUGUUUAAAUUAAUGAAGCAGAUGGGGAUUGCACACUUUCUUUGUACAUAAAUAUGUAUAAUUAAAAGAAAAUAAUUUCCCGUUUUUUUUCAACUAAAACUUGCUUGAUUUGCCCCGCUGUCCAUAAGCGUUAUAGUUGCGGCUGGAUUGUGUGGCUAGAAAAGAAAUUUGUAAACAUUUUAGCAUGUCUUGUGAGCAGUCAUUUUUUAAUUAGAAACUUUUAUAUUUAUAUUUUUAAUUAAUAUGAAAGUUUUGGCCAACAAACAGCUGUUGAAUUAUACGAUGUAAAAUACUGUUAGAUUGAUUGUGAGUUUACAGCAAAACAAAUUGAUUGCGCGUUGCCAGCAAGAAAAAGUUAAAUGCGAGCUUCUAAAUUCUAAAAAGCAUUAUUGUUAAAACUAAAACAAUGUAAGUUACAGAAAGCAUUGUAGCUUAAAAUUCUAAAAUUUUUUCUCAAAAUUUAAACUUCUGUGUUUUAAAUAAUUAAAAAAAAAUCAUUAAAAUCUAAAUUUUUCCCCCUGUUUUAGGCUUUAGCUGUUCAGCUUGUUUUGUUAAAUCUCGCGUUCUGCUCACUUAAUUACAAGUCCAAUAUAUAUGCAAAAUCCUUUUAUUCAUACAUUUGUGUGUCAGCUGCUUCACCAACAACCCAAAAAUUUACUCAAUUUAUUAUGCAAUAUUAAAAAUUAAUUUUAAAAUUACUCUAAUUUUGAGUAAAUCGAAAGGAACUCGUGCGAAUGUGCUAAGAACUGAUAUAUGUAUGUAUCUAAAUUGUGUAUAUGUGUUAUGCUGUUCGAAAAAAAAUUUAAUUAAAUUAAAAAAAAAAAACGAAAAACUAUUAAAAAAUAAUCACAAUCCAAACUCAACUAAACACACACGCCAUCUUUAACUAUUAUAUUAUAAAUUUCGGUACGUAACAUAAGUGUGUAAGCAAAGAUGAGAAAAACAAAAAUAAGCAAAGCGCAAUAAAAGCGACAAAUCUGUAAAAAACAUAUUCUUACUAUUAGCAAUUCUUCUCAACUAACUAGUGGCAUUUAAAUAAUAAGCUAAAGCUAAAGCUAACAAUUAAACAUUAGAAAAUGGAGAGAAGAACUGUAAGAACCUUAAAGGUAAAGUUGUCGAAAACAAAUAUUAUAUAUUAACAAAUUUAGUUUAUACAUUAUUAGUGUAAUUAAAAAAUUAACUAAAACAUAACUAAGCGUACUAUAUUAAGAAUAUAAAAAAAAGAAACAUGUAUAUGGAUUAUAGAUUUUAAGGAAUUAUAUUCUUGUAUGUAUAAAUAGUGUACGCCCAUAUGCAUAAAUGCGAGCGAAAAAAAUUAAUGGAGAAUAAAUGCAGCAACAAUUUUGAAGUGGAAAUUCAAAAGAAAUGUCAAA